CAAAUAUUUGAAAAUUGCGUUGUUUACAUAUUGAUUUUGUUACAGAGAUUUGUGCUUUUGGGAAGGUUUGGCCGGACGUGCCACGUCACACAGCGUGAAUCCAUCCAUUGGUCAAACACAAGCAUAUGCUGCUCCUUUUUUCCUCCCUAUGGCAGUUUAACGCCCCAAACAGUAAAUAAUAUUUUGCCCAAUCAGCCUAACAAAAGCGCAUACCUUCGAGAAACACUUUUUAUGACUGCCAUAUGCAUUUUUAAUCGGCUUUGUAAUCGUUUGUAGUAGUCGUUCCCUUUGUAUUGUUUUCUUUUGCAUCACUUUUCGAGACAAUGGAGUCUCUUCGCCAUCAGCGCUUACAGCCCGGUAUCGGAUACGGAGCGAGCGCGACCGGGACGCUUCGGUCCCUGCGGCCCGGUGUAACCGGCACUCUUUCCUCGGCACAGGGUUCCCACAUCUCGGUGUCUGCUUCCCCGGGGCCGCCGCCACCACUGCCGCCCCUUCAACUCCACAGCCUCGGGUCCGGUAUCAUGGGCAGCGGGUUUGGGUCGGUGGACAUGGCGGCGGCAGGUCUGGGUCUGUCCAAUCCCACCAACCCAGCGGUUCUGAGGGAGGCGGUGGACGCCGUGGUCAGGAGCUUUGCCAAACACACGCAAGGAUACGGCAGGGUGAAUGUCGUGGAGGCCUUACAGGAGUUCUGGCAGAUGAAGCAGUCACGGGGUGCUGACCUGAGAAACGGCGCUCUCGUAGUCUAUGAGAUGGUCCCAUCCAAUAACCCCCCUUACGUCUGCUACGUCAGUCUCCCUGGGGGCAGUUGCUUCGGGAGUUUUCAGUUCUGCCCGACCAAAGCCGAAGCGAGGAGGAGCGCGGCCAAAAUUGCCCUAAUGAAUUCUGUUUUCAAUGAGCAUCCAUCUCGACGCAUCACAGAUGAGUUCAUAGAGAAGAGUGUGUGUGAGGCUCUAGCCUCUUUUAACGGAAACAGAGAAGAAGCUGAUAACCCAAGUACAGGCAUCGGUGCUUUUCGCUUCAUGUUAGAAUCUAACAAGGGGAAGUCUAUGCUAGAGUUCCAGGAACUGAUGACAGUUUUCCAGCUUCUCCAUUGGAAUGGUAGUCUCAAAGCCAUGAGAGAAAGGCAGUGCUCCCGUCAGGAAGUGCUUGCUCAUUACUCCCACCGAGCGCUAGACGAUGACAUGCGUACACAAAUGGCCGCUGACUGGGUCAGCCGAGAACACGCUUUAUCCGGUACAAUCAAUCGAGAGAUGGCCGCCACCGAGCGCGAGCUGGAAGAGGCGCGUCUGGCAGGACGAGAGCUGCGGUUUUAUAAGGAAAAGAAAGACAUUCUGCUAAUGGCAGUGGGGCAGCUAGGUGGGUCAAACACUACAACUCUGCCCUGCACAUGCUGAAGAGCAUGAAGAUGUGUCAGAUGUGGCAUAUGAUUGUACCAGAUAGCACUCCAAAACUCAAAACAGUCUUUUUUUAAACUUGUGUAUGUGUGUUUGUGUGUGAGGAGUCAAAGAAUCAGCAUUUUGAAUAAUUCCACAGACAAACACUACAAUGAAUUAUACGUUUGUUGUUGUUGUUUUUUUUUUUAAGAUCUAAACAAGGCAUUUUAAACUUGAAACGGAAUCAAGUGCUAUAUUGCUCUUAUUACUAUACCAGUAUUAUCCUCCAGUGUUAUCGAUCGACUGUACUGGCAUAUUGACCUACUAUGUCUGAGUCGGGAAAAUCAAUUUUGAGGCCUUCUUAAAAAUCUUUGCAUUGUAGUUCUCAUGAAUCCUGUUACGCAUGGGCGCUGCUUUUUUUUAGCUAACUCGCCAAAGCACUGCCCAUUAGUUUUUGUUGUGUGGACACAACGAUACAGUAAUUUUCAGUAUUCUGCAUUUAUAUUCACAGAAUAGCCUUGCUCAUUUAAUUGCUACAUAUAUGUGCUUUUGGUGAAUAUACAAACCUUUUCUUUGUAAUGUUAAUCUAAAGUAUGUUCAUGUAAACACGCAUUUAUAUACAGUACUUUUAAGUUAACUAAACAUUUCUGCGAGAGCCAUAAGUGUUUGCUAAGGGAGCAACUACACUAUAUUUCAUAACACGAAGGUCGGGUUUUCUCACACUGUCACAGCACCAAAAUCCCAGCACAGGAAACAUACCAAGGCUGUUUCCUCCGGCCUAUUGAAAGAAAACCUGAAGCUGUGCCCUCAUUAGAUUGCCUUCCGUUACCUUUGUGAUUGUAGAGCAAUCAUGCUCAUUUCAAGGCAACAUUUGAUUUCUACCUCCUCUCUCAAAGCUUUUGUGAACUUUUUUACCAUAUAUACAUACUAGUGCAGAUGGGAUUUGUGUUAAGAUGAGCAAUGCUUUGAAAUGUGAUGCUUCACUCAGACCAACAGGAAAUGAAACCAUGCACUGGCGGUCAAAACUUUGAAAUAACUAAGAUUUUUAAUGAUUUGGAAAGAAGUCUUUUAUGCUGCUUUGAUUAUUUAUCAUUAUUGGUGCUCAGUUAUUAAUGAUGGUUUUUAUUAUUGUCAAUGGUGAAAACAUUUUUUACUGCUUAAUAUUUUUGAUGAAUAGAAAUUAAAAAAAAAAAAAUGUAUUUGAAAUAGAAAACUUUUGUAACUGUAUUUAGUGUCACUUGAAUCAAUUUAAUGCAUUGAAUAAAAGUAUUAAUUUCUGGGUCUUUUUUAAAGAUCUUUUAAAUUUUUUUAAAAAUGGUAGUGUAUCAUGGUUUCCAAAAAUAUUAAGCAGCACAACUGUUGCGGGAAAAUAUGAUGUACAUUGUGGCAAUGAAUUAAGAAUUCGUUCCUACAACUUACUAAUUCACCCAAAAAUUAAAAUUCUCUCAUUUACUUCCUCAAGUUGUUCCAAACCUGUAUGAAUUUCUUUCUUCUGCUGAACACAAAAGAAGAUAUUUUGAAGAAUGUUUUUAACCAAACAGCGACAGAAUUUUCAUUUUUGGGCGAACUAUCCCUUUAAGUAAAUUGUGCGCAUGAUACAAUAAUUCGUUCCCUCGUUUUACAAAAUUGUGGCCACGUUGUAAUAACUUGUUCCCUUGUAUUAGUUAAAUCAAAAAUAGGGAACAAGUUAGUACAACCUGGCCACUAUUUACAAAAACGAGGGAACAAAUUAAUAAGUUGUGGGAACUCAUUCUUAAUUCGUUGCCACAGUUUAACUAAAAUGAGGGAAUGAAUUCUUAAUUUCUGGCCAAUAUAUAUAUAUAUAUAUAUAUAUAUAUAUAUAUAUAUAUAAUGUUUUUUUUUUUUUUUUGUCCGCAUGUGCGGGGCUCCAUAAUACAUGUUUCUUGAGCAGCAAAUCAGCAUAUUAGAAUGAUUUCUGAAGGAUCAUGUGACACUAAAGACUGGAGUAAUGAUGCUGAAAAUUCAGGUUUGCAUCACAGAAAUAUAUUACAUUUUAAACUAUAUUCAAAUGGAAAGCAGAUAUUUAAUUUAUUUAAAAUAAUAUUUCAUAAUAUUACUGUUUUUACUGUAUUUUUCAUCAAAUAAAUGCAGCUUUGGUGAGCAUAAGAGACUUGCUUCAAAAUAAUUACAAAUUUAAUCUGAUUCCAAACUUUUCACCACCAGUGUAUAUGGCGUCUUAUAGACACUUGUUGGUUUCCCAACUCAAGAUGGUCCAUAUAGCCUGUACUGUUUAUAAAAUAUUUACAGUUUAAAACAUCUAAAUACAAUGAAAUAUUUUGAAUUGUAACCCCAUUCUUAUUCCGUCAUCAUAAUUAAUUGUAUUAUAAUUGAUUAUUAUGCGUUACUGGGUGAAGUGAUGAUGUAAACUUGUUAAUGUUUUUUGUUUUAUCCCAGUCAUUUGCUUCAGUAUUAGAGGUCACAACAGCAUCAGUCAGUUACUUUUCAGAUCAUUUUAGAUCAGCUUCGAAGUAUCACUGCUGUCUGCUUGAACUGAAUUUUAAAGGACUAGCUGCUGAAUCUUGAUAUUAACUCAUCACAAUGUAAUGAUGAUCAAUGUAGGAUGUGCGUGGUGCAAAACUUCAAUUGAUUGUCAUUAUUAGCCAGACAUUUCUGAAAAUAUACUAUUAAGGGCUAAUUGUAAUCACUUGCUUUCCUUGUGUUUCAGACUUGUGCAUUUGUGGUCUUAAACAGCAAAGUUAAAUUGCAGAACUGUCUUAAUAAUUCAAUUAAAGCCCUGGUAGUUUAUAGGCUGGCAUCAUUAAAAUUGGCAAUAUAUGCAGACUAUAUUACAGUCCUUAACAUGACAUAAGAAACAAGAAAGUUUUUCAGUAAACUAUGCACACACACACAGUUUGUAAAAUACAGCUUUGUCACUGAAAAUCUAAAGCCCCCUUUCUUUAAACGUUCAUGAUGUGCAGGCGAUUAUGAAGGAUCACUACAAAUAAUUUAUUUAUUCAGACCAUGAAUUUUGUGAAAUGACAAUGAUACAUUUUGUGAAAGACGGGCCAUUACUAACAGUACUAUGUGCAGUUAUUAUCAGUAUAUCUUUUUCAAUGUAAUUAUUAUCUGAAUCAUAUGUUUCUGAAAAGAAUUUCUUUGUGAGUGUAUUUUCAAUGUAAUUUUGCAAGACCUCUGUUGUUUGUAUUAAUUUUCUUUUUUUUUUUUUUUGUCUUUUGAAUCCUUCAUAUUUCAGUGUAUUGACAUGUAAACUGCAUAUACAUGUGCAUUGCAUAUAAUUUUAUACAAUUUGUUGGGCCUUUUCCCUGCUGUUUUUACACUCUUGUUUACCAAAAUUAUUUUUCAAUUAAUACUCAAGGUAGUGAAUUUGAAUCGGUGCAUGUCAAGACAUUUUAUACAUUCUCUAUUUGUUUUGUAUGAAUAGUCUAACUGCCGUUUUACAUGUUUUAUAAGAUUUUGGUGCGUAGCCAUUUGUUUUUUGUUGAUUUAUAUUCUUUACAAAUCAAUAAAGAGCCUUUUCAUAUAUA